AUGUUCCGUGAAGGACUUGACAGCCGUUGGGCUCGAGAGAAGCAGAAAGAAUCUACUGCAUUCGCACAUUCAAGUUUAAGACCUAGAAUUGAUCCAAUUAGAAACAGCCGAGGGUUUGGUUUACCUCCGACUUCUAAAUUUAGAAGUGGGCACUUGCCGUCGACGGCAAUUCCGUUAACUAGGACCCUACCUCCCGAUGCUGAUGAUAGUCGGUCUGUUUCAGACAAUGACAUGGUCACAGAGUCAGAUGAGGAUGAUGUUUAUGGUGGACGGUAUUCAUUUGAUUCAUCUCCACAAGACGAAAGACUCCCCAAUUCUACCAUUAAUCAACAAAGAUAUGGAAAUGCGGCCCAAAGGACCUCGCGAUAUGCCAGUGAUUAUGGGUACUCUGAUGUUAGUUCUUCGAUGGAGACAGUGGCAGGUAGAGGGGGAAAUUUGGCUGAGAGGUUGGUUAAAAGAAAUGUGCAGUAUACUGCUGUUGGGAUGAAUGGUUACACGGAGGAUGAGGACGAGGGAUCGGAUUCAGCAGGCAGUUCAGAGUUUUCUACUAGUCAAGUUGGGAGUGUUAGUAGUGCUUUGCCAAGGAAUAAAUUGAAUGUUUCGGAGGGGUAUGCUUCGAGUGCACCUUCUCAAGCUAAUGUGGAAACUGUUGCUGCCAAGGAUUUGCAUUCCAGAAACCCAAGGAAUGAUAAAUUUUCUCAUGAUGAUGACAUUCCCAGUGCGCCUCCAUUUUUUGGAGGUCAGGAAAUCAAAGAAGGUGCCCAAAUAGCAUUUGGAAUGCAUAAAGCAGCUGGCACUGCAAAUUCAGAAGGUCUCUGUGCCAAUAACGAUCCAAAUAAAAUUAAAAACACUACGGGCAUUGAACCGAAGGACAAUACUGGAGACCAGAAACCCGAUCAGUUUGUAAGGUUUGUAGCAACUGCUGGUGCAGAAGCUGGCACAUCUGGCUCAAACCCAGCUCGAAUCCCAACAUUUCAUGCGAGUGCAUUAGGGCCAUGGCAUGCUGUAAUUGCAUAUGAUGGGUGUGUGCGGCUUUGCCUUCAUGCCUGGGCUCGGGGUUGCAUGGAAGCACCAAUGUUCUUGGAAAAUGAAUGUGCUUUACUUCGGGAGGUGUUUGGUGUACAUCAUGUGCUACUGCAAUCAGAAGAGGAGCUAUUGGCAAAGCGCUCUUCUGAGCUUGUUAGUGAGGGAGCUGCCCCAAAGCCUAAGAAAAUAAUUGGGAAGAUGAAGGUGCAAGUCCAGUAUCGCUUAUCAAAGUUGCAGUCAUCACUCUCUUCUGCUUGGAGAGCAUUUCGAAAAAUCCGUGUCGCUCCUCGCGUGCCUGCAAAUGGUUCUUUUUCACGUCAAAGCUUGGCAUAUGUGCAUGCCAGCACUCAGUACAUAAAACAGGUGUCAGGACUGCUGAAGAUUGGUGCAACUAGUCUACGCAACAGCUCAUCGUCAUAUGAAGCUGUGCAAGAUAGUCUAGGGGAUGAUCUAAUUGUUGAAGUACAGGAUUCCAAAGGGAAAUAUUAUGGCCGUGUCCUUGCUCAAGUUGCUACUAUUGCUGAAGACCCAGUUGAUAAGCUCCGCUGGUGGUCUAUAUACCGAGAACCAGAACAUGAGCUUGUGGGCAAACUGCAGCUCUACAUAAUUUACUCAACUAGUUCAGAUGACAGUAAUCUCAAGUGUGGCUCUGUGGCCGAAACUGUCGCAUAUGACCUUGUUCUAGAAGUUGCCAUGAAGGUUCAACAUUUUCAACAAAGGAAUCUAUUGCUGUAUGGUUCAUGGAAAUGGCUCCUAGCUGAAUUUGCCACAUAUUAUGGGGUAUCUGAUGUCUAUACCAAGCUGAGGUACCUUUCAUACAUAAUGGAUGUAGCUACACCCACAGCUGACUGCCUGACCUUGGUGUAUGAUUUGUUAAAGCCUGUGAUUAUGAAGGGCCACAGCAAGAGCAUGCUGAGUCAUCAAGAGAACCGAAUCCUAGGAGAAAUCAAGGAUCAGAUUGAACAGCUUCUUUCUGUGGCUUUUGAGAACUACAAGUCUCUCGAUGAAUCAUCAUUGUCAGGUAUCAUGGAUGUGUUCAAGCCUGCAACUGGGCUUGCAGCACCCGCCUUGGAACCUGCCGUGCAGCUUUAUACUCUUCUUCAUGACAUACUGUCCCCAGAGGCACAAACAAAUCUUACUCAUUAUUUCCAGGCUGCUGCCAAGAAAAGAUCAAGAAGGCACUUGACCGAGACGGAUGAAUUUGUUAACAGCAGUAAUGAAGCAACAUUGAUGGAUGCUGUUGCUACAUCCACUGCUUAUCAGAAGAUGAGUUCUCUUUGUAUGAACAUUAAAAAUGAAAUUCGAACUGACAUCGAAAUCCACAAUCAACAUAUACUUCCCAGUUUCAUAGACCUUCCAAAUUUAUCUUCGUCAAUAUACAGUACAGAGCUCUGUAGUAGAUUGCGUGCUUUCUUGCUUGCAUGCCCCCCAUCUGGUCCUUCACCCCCUGUAGCUGAACUUGUUAUUGCAACAGCUGAUUUUCAGAGGGACCUUGCCAGCUGGAACAUUAGUCCUGUGAAAGGAGGAGUGGAUGCAAAAGAACUGUUUCAUCUGUAUAUCAUGUUAUGGAUACAAGACAAGCGCCUUUCUUUGCUGGAAUCUUGCAAAUUAGACAAGGUAAAAUGGUCGGGUGUACGGACGCAACACUCGACAACGCCCUUUGUAGAUGACAUGUAUGACCGCCUCAGAGAUACACUGGAACAGUAUGAAGGAGUUUACUUAGAAUAUGAUUUGGCUGUUUAUCCAUCUAUGAAAUCUUUGAACCUUUGUCCCCAAGGUGUUUGGUCUCAUGCUAUUGCUGAUGUCGAAAAGGCCAUAGUGGAAGCUUUGGACAAGCAAUAUACGGACGUUCUAGCACCAUUGAAGGAGAACUUGGAACCUAAGAAAUUUGGCCUCAAGUAUGUGAAGAAGUUCACCAAACGUUCUGUUUGUUCAUAUGUUGUCCCUGAUGAGCUUGGAAUUCUGCUUAAUUCCAUGAAGAGGAUGCUUGAUAUCCUGCGUCCCAAAAUAGAAACUCAAUUUAAGGCAUGGGGUUCAUGCAUACCUAAUGGUGGAAACACUGCUCCUGGAGAGCGUCUUAGUGAAGUGACUGUUAUGCUGAGAGCCAAAUUUAGAAGUUAUCUUCAAGCUGUCGUAGAAAAGCUAGCAGAGAAUACCAAAUUACAGAAUCCCACAAAAUUGAAGAAGAUUCUCCAAGAAUCAAAGGAAUCUAUGGUAGAGUCUGAUAUUCGAAGUAGGAUGCAGCCACUGAAAGACCAGCUGACAAACACAAUUACCCACCUGCAAUCUGUUUUUGAGACUCAUGUCUUUGUUGCAAUCAGUCGAGGUUACUGGGAUCGAAUGGGGCAGGAUGUUCUGAGCUUCUUGGAAAACAGGAAAGAGAAUCGAUCAUGGUAUAAAGGUUCCCGAAUUGCAGUUUCUGUCUUGGAUGAUACCUUUGCCUCACACAUGCAGCAGCUGCUUGGAAAUGCACUGCUGGAGAAAGACCUUGAACCUCCUAGAUCAAUCAUGGAACAUGAAAAGAAUGGCAUACAAGUGAAACUCCAAGCUGCAAUGGCAGCACACGCAUAA